CCCAGGGUGAAUAUUAAAGUGAAGAUUAUGGAGCAAGCUGCAGCUGUUUACACAAAUAAAAUUUUUGAAGAAUUUCAGGAUGAGUAUGUCAAGUCCCUUGAAGUCAACAUUGAAGAAAUUGAAAAUGAUGGUGAGAGUACCGUUUAUACGGUUCUUGAUAGUGAUGGUAUAAGGGUGAGGAAGGUGAGGCAGGAGUGUGAUGAUUCAAUGCCAUCGAUGUAUUCCGGCCAUGGAACCUAUCAAGCAUUGCUUAACAAUGCAAGUAGUUAUCACUCGCAAGCUUCAAAUAGUCCCGCAUGUAGUGAAGUACUAUAUGGUCGUGGGCGCGGCCGUGGGCAUGGGGAUGUGGAUCACACGCCAACGUCUUAGCGUUAUUUUGUUUUGGGAAUUUGUGUGAAUUUUUUGUUGGAUAUGUAAUAUUCAAAACCUUUCAUCAAACUGUUGCUAAAAAUUUUCUGUUCAAAUUACUCAUUAAAUGUUGUU